GUGGAUUUCUGGCAUGGUGAUUUGGUGAACUUUCAAUCUGUUUAUCCUUGCCAUAUGAAGAUCUUCCCUUUUCUUCUCUCCACAACAGUCAAUCAUGACUGAGUCCCAGGGAUCAGUGUCAUUCGAGGAUGUGUCUGUGGACUUUACCCAGGAAGAGUGGAGACAACUGGACCCUAUUCAGAGGAGCCUAUACAGAGAUGUAAUGCUAGAGAAUUAUAGCCAUCUUGUCUCUCUGGGGUAUCCUAUUACCAAACCAGAAGUGAUCAUAUCUUUAGAGCAAGGAGUCCUUGGAAUCAUAAAGAGAGAAAUCCCAACUUCAAGUUGCACAGAUGGGCAAGCUGAAGACCACCUGGAGUGGCAUCAGAAAAAUGAAAAUAUACACCUGGAACAGGCUAUAUCUAUUAUUGAGAAAAAUUUGACUGAAGAAAGAAGUUACGAAUAUAAUGGAUUUGUAAGCCCAGUUCCUCAGAACACAUGGUUAGUUUCUUCAGGACCCACACCCUAUAUGAAUAACUCAUUUGGGAAUUCUACUAGCCUCAGCUUUUCAGCUCAGAAAUGUUAUGAAUGCAAUAAAUGUAGGAAAUUAUUAAUUUCUGGCAGACAUGAGGUAAACGAUACAAUGAAGUCCCAUGACCAUAAUGUGUAUGGUAAAGAUUAUAUUUAUAACUUUGUUCAGCAUGACUUGACUCAACUUGGAGACAGAACCUAUAAAUGUCCUGAGUGUAGAAUAACCCUCAGUCCGAGUCCAUUCCUCAUUGUUCAUCAGAUAACUCAUAUAGGAGAAAAGCCUUCUGAAUGGGCAGGAUGCAGAGAAGCAUUCAACAAUACAGCACACCUCAGUCUUCAUCAAACAAUGCACACAGGAGACAAGCUCUUUGACUGUAAUGAAUGUGGCAAAUCCUUCAGAGAGGAAUCAACACUGCAUAUACAUCAAAGAACACAUACAGGUGAAAAACCAUAUGUAUGCACUGAGUGUGGCAGUGCAUUCCAAGAAAAGACAAAUCUUAUCAUACAUCGGAGAACUCACAAAGGAGAGAAACCCUAUAAAUGUACAGACUGUGAAAAAACCUUCAACCAAAAGGCACAUCUGAAUGUACAUCAGCGAACACACACAGGAGAGAAACCUUUUGAAUGUACUGAUUGUGGCAAGUACUUCAGAGAGAAAUCAACACUGAAUAUACAUCAAAGAACUCAUACAGGAGAGAAACCAUACAUAUGCAAUGAGUGUGGCAAAGCCUUCAGAGAAAAGACAAAACUCAUUAUACAUCAGAGAACUCACACAGGAGAGAAACCCUAUGAAUGUUCAGAAUGUGGGAGAGCCUUCAACCAAAAGGCACACCUCAGUGUACAUCAGAGAACACACACAGGAGAGAAACCUUUCAAAUGCAAUGAAUGUGGCAAAGCUUUCAGAGAAAAAUCAACACUGCGCAGACAUCAAAGAAUCCAUACAGGAGAAAAACCUUACGUGUGUUCAGAAUGUGGAAGAGCCUUUACCCUUAAGCUGAGUCUCAGUGCUCAUCAGAGAAUUCAUACAGGGGAAAAAACAGAUGGAUGUACUGUAUGUGGAAAAGUCUUCUCCCGGAAGUCAUACCUCAUGUUACAUCAAAGAGCUCAUACAAGAGAAAAUUUUGAAAAGUCAUAUGAAUGCAAUGAAUGUGAUAAAGCAUUCUUUCAAAAAUCAUAUCUCAUCAUUCAUCAGAGAGUCCACACAGGGGAGAAACCCUAUGAGUGUAACAUAUGUGAGAAAUCUUUCUCCCAAAAAUCAUAUCUCAUUAUUCAUCAAAGAACCCAUACAGGAGAGAAACCCUAUCAAUGUGAUAAGUGUAGCAGAGCCUUCAGAGAGAAGUCCAAACUCACUAUGCAUCAGAGAACUCACAUAGGGAAACCCCAUGACUACCCUGAAUUGGAAAGAAACUUUUCAGAGGUCAAAAUUCAUCAUAGAUAAAAGAACUUAGAGAUAAGAGGAAACAAACAACUGAAAGUGGAAGAUCUGUCAUAGUAAAGUCAAAGAAAGGGAAACUGUUAAAAGUUGAUCGGGAAGUUCUGUUGUAGUCAUGCUUUUCUGAAGAUAUGACUGACAGCUGUGCUUAUAAUUCAGUACCAGCCGUAUCAGGGGAAGAGCAUUCUGAGUAAAAAUAAUAGGAAGGUCCUAUUUGCCUAUCACAUUCAUAUUUUUGUCAAUAGCCAGCUUGGACCCGUCAUAGAGAUGUGAAAUUUGUUUUGGGGUGAAAUAUGGGGGAAUUCCAGUUGCUAUUAAGGAAGGGGUUUUGAAUUCUCCUUGCCAUGCAGUGACAGCUAGGUGUUUUAAUGAUCAUCUGUAUUUAUUUUUGAUGAACACUGAAUGCAAGACUUUGGGUAGCUGAGUAGCCACCCCUGAUCGUGGACUACAAAGGACAUGAGCAAUACUUGAUGAAAAUAGUUACUUCCAAUGGACUGGACAGUGAACUGAGAGCAAAUGGCAAGUUCUUAAUACCCUGUGUUCAAGACACAGACUGUAAAAAGAAAUUAUUACUUUGUGUGUCCUUCAAAUUCUUUGCCUAAAUUACAAGUCUGUCAUUUUCAAAUUUGGAUUUUGGUAAUGGAAAGUUGGGGUUUAGAAUGGUAGUAUGUGGGAGGAUGUGGAAGAAUGUGAAUAUUUUAACUUCUUAGAUCACACUGUGUAAGCUGUAUUUAAUUUAAUUCUCCCCUAAAGAGACUGUAAAUGUCUUAAAUAAAGACGAUAUAGUGACCACAUCUGAAAAUGAUACUUUUAAAGGUAAGACAUCUUUCUAUCCUUACACCCAACCUGUCUUCAAAUUUGACCUUUUUUGAGCCAGGUUCUCACUGUGUUAGCCAGGCUGACCUUAAGCUUGUGAUUCUACUGCCUUUGCC